AUGGAGCUUUAUCUGGUGCCAAAAAUGAGUGAGGAAGGAUUGGAACCACACGGUUCAUUAAUUAAAGAAGCGGAUAAAGAACAAUCGAUUUUACCAAUUGAACGAGUGAGUGCUAAACGUAAAUUGCAAUGUGAUGUUGGCCAUAAAGAAAUACCGAAUUUGAAAAGACAUAUGAGGAUUCGUACUGCACGCGAAGGUAAUUCUAGAAUUGAACGAAUAUUUUAUCCAGAAUUUCAAUCUCAUCUACAGUAUGAAAUUCAUAAGAAGCAAACCGAAGGAAUGAGUGAUAUGAUGUCAUUUUAUUUGAAAGGUGAAUUGGAUGAAGGUAAAAGGCAUAAAUGA